CUCUACAAUACAUCCAUCCCCAUCUCCUCAAAUUCUCUCUCUCUCUCUCUUUUUUCUCUUCUCUCUUCACAAAUGGCCUCAAAACUUGCAACCCUGGUGCCAUUUGCCUCCAUUUUAGUGCUCAUGUUGAUUGGAUUUGCAAGCUCCGAUGUGAAUCAAGAUAAAGCCGAGUGUGCAAACCAAGUGGUAGCUCUCGCCACUUGUCUUCCAUACGUUGGUGGUGAAGCCAAAACCCCCACCGUUGAUUGCUGCUCCGGCCUCAAACAACUCCUUGAAAAGAGCAAGAAAUGCCUUUGCCUCCUCAUCAAAGAUAGAGAUGAUCCCUCCCUUGGCGUCAAGAUUAAUUCCACUCUUGCUGCCACCCUCCCUUCUGCUUGCCACUCUCCUGCUAAUGUCUCUGAUUGCAUAUCUUUGUUGCAUUUGGCUCCCAAUUCAGCAGAUGCGAAGAUGUUCCAGGGAUUUUCAAACAUGACACAAGGGCACACAAGUACGCCAGCAGCAAACUCCACUAGUGAAUCAGCUUCAGCUAAGGAAUCGAGUGGAUCAGAAAAGAGAUGGCCAAAAAUAGAGAUGGCUUUUGGGGUUUUAGUUUUAAUUUUCUUUACUUUACACAUAUGAUUUAUAAUAUAUGAUAGGUAGAAUUAAUUAAUGAAUGUUAAGUCUUAUCUUCUUCUUCUUUUU